AUGGCAGAUGACAUGGGUUGCCAUGUCAUGUGCCACAUGUGUUGGUAUCCAAAAGUUGGUAAACAAGUUGGUGCCCGUAGCGUUAUUGCUUUUCAAACCCCUGCCGCUGCUAUGGGGGUUGAUGAUUUUUUCAACCCUCAUGGAGAUAGCACCACCGACUCCUUCUCUUCUUCUCAACCAACCAUAGCCGAGUUGAGUGCCCAAAUGGCUCAGCUCCUACAGAUGCAGACUUUGGCCCUGAAUUUGAUCCUAAAUCAGGAUCCUAUUUUGAUGACCCCGAACCCGAUCCAGAAUCAGGAUCCUAUUUUGACGACCCCCGACCCCUACCUCAACUAUGACGACGACGACCCGACCUCGACCCCCGACCCCGACCUCAACUAUGACGACGAUGACCCCGACCCCGACUCCGAUGAUGACCACAACCCCGAAUUUGUCUAUGAUUUAGACCUCGAUCCCGAUUUCGACUCUGACUCAGGAUCAGAUCCCAAUCCGAAUUCCUACUCAACCUGUAUCCUGUGCAUCUUCCGCUGCACAGAUUAUGACUUCUCAACUAACGACCCCGACACAUGGACUAGAUUGCACAUAUUGUGGUGA